GCAAAACAAUUUCAGUUUUGGUGGGCUGAAUGGAUCAGAUGUGGGCCCACGUGUGUGUUAAUGGGUUACGUUUAUGAAGAUUGUUUCGGACGAGAGAACCCCGUCUUGAUUCAGAAUAGAAUUAGGAGUUAAUUCGCACGUGGUUCAAUAGCACGUUGUAACACAUGAUAGAUUAAAGCCGAUAUCAUAAAAUAUUGAAUGUGAAUAAGAGGAAGAUUUAUAAGGCUGUUUUAAGUCGGUCUUUUACUCUACUGCGAAAUUUAAUUUUUAAAAAAUUAAAAUGAUGCAAUAUGAACUAGAAAGCGGCGAGAGUGAUUCCGAAACAGAAUUACAGGAAGCUUUCGCCAAGGGGAUUAUUAAACCUGGACUUAACAUUGAGGAAAAUGCUAAGAAGACUUACGUGAAUAAUGAAGUUGCUCUGAAUCGAAUAUUGAAUAACAUAGUGUUGAAACUCCCUUGGGUUGAGCGAUUGGAUUUAAACUCGAAACCAGCUGCGAUGGCACCAGAGCUUGCAGCAAAGUUACAAGAAGAAAGGGAAAAGCAAGCAAAAUUGGGCAAGGCAACAGACCCAGUAUUAAAUGAUUUUGAGCGGGAAACCAUGUUUUUACGUCAAGCACAGGCAGCAGCUCUUGAUGGUUUAUCUCAAUUGAAGGAACUGGGGAUUCCCACAAAACGACCUGAUGAUUAUUUUGCUGAAAUGGCAAAAACUGAUUCUCAUAUGCAAAAGGUUCGUGGUGCUCUUCAGAGAAGGCAACAAAUCCUAGAGAGAGCUGAAAAGGUUCGACAUAUAAGAAAAAUGCGUAAAGUUAACAAAGACUUGCAAAAGCAAGCAAAGGUUCAGAAAAUUAAUGAAAAACGAGAGUUUCUGGAGCAAGUUAAAAAAUAUCGGAAAAAAAUGACUACUGAUUUAGACUUUCUGGAUUUGAAGCCAAAACGUAAACAAACUCCAGGAAAUUCUAAUAAGAAGCAGCCUAUGAAUAAAAAGGUUGAAGCAAAGCGAAAAUUCAAGAAUGAAAAAUAUGGAAUGGGAGGGAGGAAAAAAGGUCGCAAACACAAUACCAAGGAAAGUGCAGCAGGACUUCCUGAUAAGCACAAGUCUGGAAACAGACCUGGUGGAAAAGUCAGAAAAUCAGUGCCAAGACCAGGUAAAAGUAAGAGAAUGAAACAAAAGUCAGGGAAGAGACGUUGAUUUAUUUUGAUGUGUAUAAUUAUUGUAUAUGUUCAUUAACAAUUAUAAUUUUUUGUAAACAUUGAAGCUUAAAUUUUAUUAUUAGUUCUCUUUCUUGUUCCUUCUCCAUUGUCAUCAACCUGCUUUUCCUUCUCUUUUUUUAUUUUAACCAUUGAAUACCUUAUUCAUUAGAGUUUCUGUAAACUAUUAUUUAUUUCAUUUUUAUCAUCAGAAACAACUAUGGUAUUCGUUAGUGAAAGAAAGCCUUGUCAUGCAGUCAAUAACGUUUUAAUCAGUUAAAAAGUACUACAAAUAGAUAUGCCUGUGAGACAUCUGAAAAAUGACUUUGCAGCGUUAAAAAGACAUUUUCACCUCCCGUGCAUAGUUACCUGCACUGUUCCAUAAUAGGAGUGUGUUCCUUUGUUGUACGUGUACUGAUAAGAAGUUGCAGCCACAACUGGGUACUGCAUAAUAAAAACAAUGGGAUGGAAUCAACAAGGCUGGUGCCUUGCAUGUUGUGAAUGAUCCCAAGAGUAAGUUUCCAUGAAUUUAUCCUCAAAAAUAAUAUAAGCAUUUUGUAUGAAAGUGUCUUUGGCAUAUUCAUUUCCAAAUGCCAGUCUCAGUCCUGUCGUCGCCUUCUUUGACAAGAUUUCAUUAGUUUACCAGACUCACUUUCCAUACUAGUUACAUAAAUAACCAUUUUGCACUAAAGGUAGAUUACAAGAGUUACAAAAAAAAAGCACAUUUAACAGCUAAGCAAUUUGAAUUUCAUUAUAUUAGCAAAUGCUUCCCAAAAAUUGACAUUUAUUACUAUUAAAACAU